UGCGUGGAAGAAGCAGAAGCCAGCGUCAUGGCGUGGCACAAGCUAGCCUGCUGGUCCCCGUGACUGGGAGUGUGAGUGAGAGAAAGAGAGAGAGAGUGAGAGAGAGAGACUGCGCGUUAGUGUGUUUUCACACAUUCGGCUCCUGCUGUCGCUCUCAUCGCUGUGGUUGUGUGUGUGCACACGCAAGUGUGUGCCAGCCAGCCUUGCAAGCAACAUGUUCCGCCGGACGAAAAGCUGUCGCACCAGUAACAGGAAGAGCCUGAUACUGACCAGUACAUCGCCCACUCUGCCGCGGCCACACUCGCCUCUACCUGGACACAUAGGAAGCAGUCCGCUGGACAGUCCUCGUACUUUUUCUCCCAGUGGCCCCGCCCACUUCUCUUUCGCCUCUUCCAGAAGGGCUGAUGGACGCCGCUGGUCUCUGGCCUCCCUGCCCUCUUCAGGAUAUGGCACCAACACCCCCAGCUCCACGUCAUCAAGCUCCUCUCAGGAGCGUCUGCACCAGCUGCCCUUCCAGCCCACCAUGGACGAGUUGCACUUCCUGUCCAAACACUUUGGCAGCACCGAGAGCAUCACCGACGAUGAUGGCCGGCGCUCACCACACAUACGGCCACGCUCACGCAGCCUCAGUCCUGGUCGCUCACCCUCCUGCUAUGACAAUGAAAUCGUCAUGAUGAACCAUGUGUAUAAGGAGCGCUUCCCAAAGGCCACGGCUCAGAUGGAGGAGCGUUUGGCGGAGUUUGCCCAGUUGUACUCUCCGGAGAACGUGCUGCCGCUGGCCGAUGGGGUCUUGAGCUUCAUCCACCAUCAGAUCAUUGAGCUGUCCCGAGACUGCCUGACCAAAUCACACGAGGGCCUCAUCACCACCGUCUACUUCUACGAGCUGCAGGAGAACCUGGAGAAACUACUGCAUGACGCACACGAGCGUUCUGAGAGUUCAGAGCUGACCUUUGUGACAGAGCUGGUGAAGAAGCUCUUCAUCAUUAUCUCUCGUCCUGCCAGGCUGCUGGAGUGUUUGGAGUUUAACCCAGAGGAGUUUUAUCACCUGCUGGAGGCGGCGGAGGACCACGCCAAGGAGGGACACUUAAUGAAGACGGACAUUCCACGCUAUAUUAUCAGCCAGCUGGGCCUGACCAGAGACCCCCUAGAGGAAAUGGUGAAUCUGGACAGCUAUGACAGCGAGGGACCACACACACCUGAGACAGAUGACUCAGCUGAGGGUAAAAUGAAGGCCAUGAAACCACCCUGUGAAUCAGACUUUCAGACAAUCAAACUCAUUAGCAAUGGAGCAUAUGGGGCGGUGUAUCUGGUCCGGCACAGAGAGACGCGGCAGCGUUUUGCAAUGAAGAAGAUCAACAAGCAGAACCUGAUUCUGAGGAAUCAGGUCCAGCAGGCGUUUGUGGAGAGAGAUAUCCUGACCUUCGCUGAGAAUCCAUUCGUGGUCAGCAUGUUCUGCUCAUUCGAGACACGCAGACACCUCUGCAUGGUCAUGGAGUAUGUGGAGGGGGGAGAUUGUGCCACCCUGCUGAAGAACAUCGGGGCGUUGCCUGUGGAAAUGGCUCGUAUGUACUUCGCCGAGACUGUACUGGCUCUGGAGUAUCUCCAUAACUAUGGAAUCGUACACCGGGACCUCAAACCAGACAACCUGCUGAUCACGUCAAUGGGCCACAUUAAGCUGACUGAUUUCGGCCUCUCUAAGAUGGGUUUGAUGAGUCUCACCACAAACCUGUACGAGGGCCACAUUGAGAAGGACGCUCGUGAGUUCCUGGACAAACAGGUAUGUGGCACCCCUGAGUACAUCGCCCCGGAGGUGAUCCUGCGGCAGGGUUACGGUAAGCCUGUGGACUGGUGGGCCAUGGGCAUCAUCCUCUACGAGUUUCUCGUGGGCUGUGUGCCUUUCUUUGGGGACACACCUGAGGAUCUGUUUGGCCAGGUGAUCUCAGAUGAUAUUGCCUGGCCAGAGGGUGAUGAAGCGUUGCCUAGCGACGCCCAGAACCUCAUUUCCACCUUGUUGCAGACCAACCCACUGGUGAGAUUAGGGACAGGCGGCGCCUAUGAAGUGAAGCAGCACUCGUUUUUCGCUGAUCUGGACUGGAACAGUUUACUGAGGCAGAAGGCGGAGUUUAUUCCUCACCUGGAGUCAGAGGAGGACACCAGCUACUUUGACACACGUUCCGAGCGUUAUCGGCACAUAAACUCGUACGAUGAGGACGACACGAACGAUGACGAGCCUGUGGAGAUCAGACAGUUCUCCUCCUGCUCUCCACGCUUCAGCAAGGUCUACAGCAGUAUGGAGCACCUGUCCCAGCUGGAGCAGAAGACUCCUGUAGUGACCAGACGGGAGCCGAAGGGGCGACGCGAGGACAAAAUGGCCAAGAGAGAGAGCCUCGGCAGCUUCAGCAAGAGCUGGAGGACCGGCUCACCUGAGAUGAAGCGCCUGUCGUGUUCUGAGUCUCUGUAUAUUGAGGGAGACUCCAGUCCUCCGCUAGGUGCCCGGCGUCGUUUUUCUGCGCUGAUGGACACACACCGUUUCGCCUCACCUCUAGAGAGCAACGGAGAGACGCAGCCUCAGCAGAGCGCUAAGAGCAGGGGGUCAUCGUUAGAGGGCACCGCCGCACCCUCAUCACCCGCUAACGAACAGAGCGCAGCAGUGAGUGCAGCAGAUAAGCCAUCCAGACCUCGUGAAGCAUCUGCGCCACAAGCCAUACCAUCAGCAGCAGCAGCUUCCGCAGUACCCGUCUCCCGGGAUACGGUUGCCGUGGGCGACUCCCACAGCCAGCGGGCCACCAAUGACCUGGUUCUACGGCGGGCUCGACAUCAGCAGCUUUCUGGAGACGGAGAGAAACGAACCUCGCGCCCCGGCAACAAAGUCAUCAAGUCUGCAUCAGCAACCGCGCUGUCUGUUAUCAUCCCUGCAGUUGAGCAGCAUGCUAGCUCUCCUUUGGCCAGCCCAAUGUCUCCUCGCUCAGUUUCUUCCAACCCGUCGUCACGGGACUCGUCACCCAGCCGGGACUACAGCCCAGCGGUCAGCGCGCUCCGUUCACCAAUCACCAUCCACCGCUCGGGCAAGAAAUACGGCUUUACACUGCGCGCCAUCCGUGUCUACAUGGGGGACAGUGACGUUUACAGUGUACACCACAUCAUCUGGCAUGUAGAAGAAGGAGGUCCGGCCCAAGAAGCGGGGCUAUGUGCUGGUGACCUCAUCACACACGUCAAUGGAGAGUCUGUGCACGGCUUGGUCCAUACAGAAGUGGUGGAACUCAUUCUCAAGAGUGGCAAUAAAGUGACUGUGACUACCACACCCUUUGAGAACACAUCUAUCAAAGUGGGUCCAGCUCGCAGAUCCAGCUACAAAUCCAAGAUGGCCAGACGCAGCAAAAGGCCAGUCAAAGAAGGACAGGAAAGUAAAAAGCGCAGCUCUCUGUUCCGUAAGAUAACCAAGCAGUCGAACCUGCUCCACACUAGCCGUAGUCUGUCAUCUCUGAAUCGCUCUCUGUCCUCCAGUGAGAGUCUACCUGGAUCUCCAACUCACAGUCUGUCUGCCCGCUCCCCAACCCAGAGCUACCGCUCCACUCCUGAGUCCUCUUACCUUGGUGCCUCUUCUCAAAGCAGCUCUCCAGCUUCCAGCACCCCGAAUUCUCCUGCUGCCUCUCAGCACAUGCGACCCAGCUCCCUCCAUGGCUUGUCCCCUAAACUGCAUCGGCAGUACCGCUCAGCCCGUUGCAAAUCUGCUGGCAACAUCCCUCUUUCUCCUCUGGCACACACUCCGUCUCCUACUCAGUCUUCACCGCCACCUUUGCCAGGCCACACUGUUGGAAGUUCCAACACAACACAGACCUUCCCUGCCAAGCUUCACUCGUCUCCUCCUAUCACAAGGCCCAGGCCCAAGAGUGCCGAACCGCCCCGGUCGCCACUUCUCAAGAGGGUGCAGUCUGCGGAGAAGCUUGGAUCACCACUUUCAUCUUCUGGGGAAAAGAAAGGAGGGAUUGGGGCAAUGAGGAAGCACAGUCUAGAAGUGGGCCAUUCAGAUUAUCGUAAGGAAGGGUUCCACUGUGAGCUGGGUCUCCAAAGCUUGUUGGAGACAGAAGGAGAGAAUCUGGCCUCAACUUCAGCGACUACGCCAUCACCUACCCAACCUACAGUCCCAUCACCCCCAGAAACGGGUAUUUUUAAGCCUGUACGCAAGCUGGGCAGGCAGGAAUCACCACUGAGUAGAGAUGCUUUGCUUGCUGGAAGAGAGAGAGAGAAGGAGCUUGAGAGACAGAAGUCUGUAGACGCAGUCCAGGGAAGUGACAGUAAACUGGCAAUAGUCUUGGAGAAGUCCUUUUCUGCCGGUAGGACAUUUGAGAGAACUGAGACUGACCAAGGAGCCCUGAGCAAGAAAGUCCCAGAUGAUAAAUCAAGUCACAUAAAAUCUCCAGUUGUUGAUGUGUCACAGCGAUCACCAUCCACCCCAAAAGAUGCCAGCCCAGCAAGGCUUGAAACCAGUCUACCUAUUGUAACUAGGCCUUCACCUGUUGUACCAGAGUCUAAACUUAGUGUUGUCCCUGCCAUUCCCUCGCCUCUGACUACUAUGUCAAUCCCUGCUGCAAAAACUACAGACCCCAGCAUUCCCGGUGUUGGAGCAGGAAAUGGAAGUCAAGGUUGUGCCACAAAAACUCCAAGCAAGGUUGUCCCAAUCCAGGCAACAGCGACUACCAAAACUCAGACGUCCCAAAGUUUGUCGAGCUCCAAGGACUUCCCGGAAAAGAAGAGUGACAAGGAUGCCGGAAUUAAAGAAGCAGGAAAGACUCUCGCUGCAGUCAAGUCUAGCUUACCGUGUAGUGGCUCUGUGAAGGCAACUCCUGUUGCUGACAUUCAAAGUGUACCCUCAAGUGCCACAGAAGUGUCCAGAGCAACCAAGGGACCAUCAGAUGGAGAAGGUCUGAAGAAGUUGGGUGCAGAUACCCAUGGUAGGACUCCAGAUAUGAAGUUAAGAACUGGCUUACCUCCAUCCAAGGGGGUAGUUCCACCUCACCCACCCCAGGUACAGUCUCCUGCUCUGGGCAAGCUCUGUCAGGACAAGGGCCUCUCUCAAGUCAACUGCUACCGUGGCACCUUGGACUGGGAAGAUAAGUGUCUCUUGGAGGUUGUUGAGGAGCAUUCACCUUCCCCUACUCCUUCCCCUACUGGAGCCACCCCUAGCCCCUCCAAAUCACUCCCACUGUCUCCUGGUGACAAAGGUGUCUUGACCAGUGUGGCUAAAACUGUGCAAGAACCUGUCAAAAAGGGAACUCUGGAUGGGGCUAAAACCAAGGAAGCCAGUAAAUCAGCAGAGGAAACUCAGGCUAGUGUGCAAGGAAAGACUGAGGCUUCAAGUGGGAGUAAGCAUAGCUCGAAAGUAGCGGCUCCGAGCCCUUCUGGUGCAGUGCCGCAUGAAAAGAGUGGGAGCACUAAGAAUGGGUUGUGACCUUUCAGCCAGUCUAGUAUUCCAUUUAAUGGAGAUUUCAAAGGAUGCAGUGUUGUCGGGCAAUUGUAAGGACAUUCCAGCAAGUAAAUACCAAGGUCAAGUGGGAGAAACAUAAUGUAAGACUGAACAAAACAAACGCUCUGAGGUACUUCUUACAAGAGUGUUAUUUGUUGUAGAUACAGAGCAGUUUGUCACAGAAUUACAGUAGAUGUACUGCAGGUGUGGGUGCAAGAGAAAGAGAAAAAGAAUGAAUGAGUGAGUGCAUGUCUUGUGGUGCUUGUGUGACAAAGUGAAAAGGCAAGCGCAAAGUGCUUUAACAGAUCAAAUGAUGCUGAAUACUGUGAACACCAAAAUCCAUGUUCCUCCAUUUUAUAACCAGUGUGAGCAACCUAUUUCUUAAGCGAACCAUGGAAAAUAGGCAUUUGUUCCUGCAACGUUUACUGAGCAGACAAUAUCGCAACAGUCUUAAUUGGUAUAUAUAUAUGUGAAGGACGCAUUGUUAUUCUCGUCUUAUGCUUGAUUCAUCAUUCCCUAAUCCUUAAUCAGCAUGAUGUCCAGUGACUAGUGGCUAGCGCUCAUGCUGCCUGUGGGCAUGCCUUUCAUGCUGUGUUGGUAGAGGGACAAGUAGGACCAAAAAUAUCGGAGAGAUUUCAUUUUCCUGUCAACCCAUAAGCCGAUGGAGCAUUUAAGUGGCCGGGAUUUAGCGUUUUGAAUUAGCCUGCACUGCAUGGGCGACUACAGCCUUCUUAUCAGGUACUAGCAGGAGGCCUAGCGUAGCUGCCCGGUGACAGCUGCCUCCAUCGCAGCUUAGGCAGCAGAGAUGUAAUUGCUGACUUGGGCUGAUUUUAACGCUGUUUGUGGGCUUUAAAUCUGCUAUGCUCUACUU